UAUCACUAAUCUAUGGUGCACUCACAAAAUACUAUAGUGGCAAAAUUGCUUUCCCCACUUUCCUUUUUCAUUUGUCCUUUCGGGCCUCUUAGUUCUAAGCCCGAUUUGCCCUUUAGAUUUUUUUUUUUUUUUACAUUUUAAUUUGAUUCCGGAGAGUCUCUCCAGUCUCCACAGUUUGUCCGCCAUUUUCUCGGCUUAAAGCAAAGACCGAAAUCUAAAGGUUGCACAAGAUUUAGUUUUUGCAGUUUCUAACAGGGUUUACGCUUAGAACAGGGUUUGGAGUAAUAACCUUUGGAAAUUUGGUUUUAAUUACUUAUUAUCCAUAGAUAGGUAGUAAACUAUGGUUUGGGCUCUGCUUCCCGUCGAUCCUUCCUCAGGUGAAGAAGACAAGUACUACAUUUUUAGGAAGGGAACCUAUAAAGUGGGUCGAAAAGGCUGUGAUAUUAUCGUUCACAAAGACAAGGGAGUCUCUCGAAUUCAUGCAGAUAUAAUAGUUGAUGAUAUGACAAAAUCUUCUCAAGUUAGAAUCAAAGAUUUGUCAAAGUACGGAACACUAGUUAAAAAAAAUCUCAGUUCAAAGAAAAAAGUACAUGAGUUUCCAAAUAAAGAAACAUCUUUAGAAGAUGGGAACCUGCUUUCAUUUGGAGCUGGCAAUGCCACUUACAGGUUCUGUUAUGUUCCGCUUGUAUUCUAUAUCUGCUGUGCUGAGGUCUCCCAGGUGAAUCAUCAUCUUCAAGACAAAGUUUCAUCCAUUGGUGCUCGUCUUACUCAUGCUUUCAGUCAAGAGUGUACGCAUGUGCUCAUUGAUCAACAAAUGCCUCUGAAAGGGGAUCUUCUUGACGCAAUCGUGGCUAAGAAACCUGUUUUACAUAGUAGUUGGCUUGAGUUUGUUGCAGAGAAAAGCAUCCGCACUGAGCUUCCUGGCUACAGUUCCCAUGUUCCAACAAUUAUCGUAGAUGGAGUCUCUGUUGAAGUUUCAGAUGCUAACACUCGUGAAAACUGUUUGGAAGGAUAUGCCUUUCUGUUGGAAUCAACAUACAUGUACAAUUUUGGGGAUAGAUUGCAAUCGCUACUGGAAGUGAGUGGUUCAAGGAGUUUCUGUGUUGAAGAUACUUGUUCAAGUAGCCAGGCCUCUAAGUGUGGAGAAAAUAUUCAUCUUGCAUAUGUCAUCCCUGCAAGAUCAGCAGACAAGUUUGAUCACUUAGAUAAACUAGGUUUGUCAUGUACAGUGAACGAGAUGGCGUUAAUCCGUGCUGUUUUAUCUGGAAAUUUGGAUCAAUCUAUAUUGAUUUCAUCCUCAGUACUUGUUUCUUCUUCUUGCUCCACAGACGAAACAGUGGUAGCAGAUUCUGAUGAGGAACAUGAAGCCGCUACAUCAGUUAAUGCAAAUGCUUCUACCGGUAAGGUUGGAGCCCGGAGUUGUGUAAACAGAGAAGAAAUUUCCAUGGAAGCCCCUAACUAUGUGAGCAAAGCAGAAGUAUCCACAUAUCAUGAUGCUACUAGAUUAGAGGAUGGCCAGGUGAUCUUUAGAGAUGAUAAUGGUUGUUUGACAGCAAGAAGAGAUAAGGCUGAGGAGUCUGAAUAUGGAAAUUCUGAUAUUGUUUGUAGCCAAGUUUUAAUUGUUAGAGAUGUAAAUUUACCUUCCACCACUAACUUUAUAACAGACGAAAGACUUAUAAACUACAAGCGCUUUCGCAAGGCAAGCAUUCAGUCAGGAAAUAGCUUCGACAAUCUUGUUCCAUUUUCGAAGUAUCCUUACAAAAAUAACGAAUUUGGGAGUGAGGAAUUGGCUGAGUCUGUUAAGGAGGAGAAAAAGAGAAAGAAAAUGGAAGCUAUUGCAGAGGACCUGUUUAACAAUGAAAAGGGAAGACAGCGUGGUUCUGGUUCUCUUCGUGGACGUCAUGCUCGGGGUUGACAAAGGUGAAGCAUUAGUUGAUUCCUUUUUCUAUCAUUAGUAUGCUCCUCUGUGUACAUAGAGACACAUAAGUAAGAAGAGUUGCAUCAUUGCACUAAGGCUUUAUAGUAGUUGGGACAUUUCACUUAUCCGGGAUAUUAGCGUUACAAAACUGAAAGCAGCAUCCAUGGAGAGCUAGUGAAAACAUCAUUUUGUUGAGAUAACUGAAGUGUGAAAUGUAAAAGCUUUAUGCAACACGUCAAGUUCUUCAACAACAGGCUAAUGACUUGAGCAACAGCUAAAACAAGAAGGGAACAUCCUUCACCUGGCCUUAACACUAUUUCUUUCCAUGUUUCAGUAUUUGCAAUCACUAAAUUUUGUU